UGCCGCCCCCGCGCUCGGCCCCGCCGGGCCAGGGGCCGCUGGCCCAGCUGCUCAGCCGUGCCGAGACAGAGCGAGCGCUGUCCCUCAGGUAAGGAACGCUCAGGAAAAAAAAAUCUCCAUGAUUAAAAAUGGCAGAAGAUACUACAAGGCAAGAAGUAAGUAGGCGUGACACGGAAUUCACGCCCAUCGGGACAAGGCUAUGAAUAACUGAAGAAAAGUUUCUGUUUAUUGCUCAGAGGCAGUACCUUUUGCUGAGUUGAGCAUAUGGCUGACAGGAGCUAUGUCAGAUGAGAACACAGAAAGUCCUGAAGCAAACUGUAUUAGGAGGCCAUUGUAUGGAUUGUUUCAGUAUAAUUCCAGUAUGAUUGGACUAGAAUCAUUAGCUGAUCCCUCAGAUACCUGGGAAAUUAUAGAGACUAUUGGGAAAGGCACUUAUGGUAAAGUCUAUAAGGUUGCUAAUAAGAAAGAUGGAAGCUUGGCAGCAGUAAAGAUUCUGGAUCCUGUCAGUGAUGUAGAUGAAGAAAUUGAAGCUGAAUAUAAUAUUUUGCAGUUUCUUCCCAAUCAUCCUAAUGUUGUUAGAUUUUAUGGGAUGUUUUACAAAGCAGAUCAAUAUGUGGGAGGACAGCUCUGGCUAGUACUUGAGCUGUGCAACGGAGGUUCUGUCACAGAGCUUGUCAAAGGCCUGCUGAAGUGCGGCCGAAGGCUGGAUGAAGCUAUAAUCUCAUACAUUUUAUAUGGUGCUCUCCUGGGCCUUCAGCAUUUACACAAUAACCGGAUCAUUCAUCGUGAUGUGAAAGGGAACAACAUUCUCCUGACAACAGAAGGUGGAGUCAAGCUCGUUGACUUUGGUGUUUCAGCCCAGCUCACCAGCACACGGCUGCGUAGAAACACCUCAGUGGGAACACCCUUCUGGAUGGCUCCUGAGGUCAUUGCUUGUGAGCAGCAGUAUGACUACUCCUAUGAUGCUCGAUGUGACGUAUGGUCCUUGGGAAUAACAGCUAUUGAACUGGGGGAUGGAGACCCUCCUUUAUUUGACAUGCAUCCGGUGAAAACCCUUUUUAAAAUUCCAAGAAACCCUCCACCUACUUUGCUACAUCCUGAAAAAUGGUGCAGAGGAUUCAACCAUUUCAUUUCACAGUGUCUAAUCAAAGAUUUUGAAAAGCGUCCUUCAGUCACCCAUCUUUUGGAGCAUCCGUUUAUUAAACAAGUGCAUGGUAAAGAUAUGUCUUUGCAAAAACAGCUGGCUGAGCUCAUUCAAGAACAGCAGCAGCUAGGCUCCAUAGCCAAAACAAGGUACUGUACAAGGCAUGAACGAAUACAUACCAGAAGACCUUACCAUGUGGACAGAGCUGACAAGUACUCUCUAGAUGAUGAUCUGGUAAAUCUAGAAGUUCUCAAUGAGGAUACAAUUAUCCAACAGCUGCAAAAACGUUAUGCUGACUUACAGAUUUAUACUUAUGUUGGAGACAUUUUAAUAGCCUUGAACCCCUUCCAGAAUCUCAGCAUUUAUUCUCCCCAGUUCUCCAGGCUUUACCAUGGUGUGAAGCGUUCAUCAAAUCCCCCCCACAUAUUUGCCUCUGCAGAUGCUGCCUACCAAAGCAUGGUUACAUUCAGCAAGGAUCAAUGCAUUAUCAUCAGUGGAGAAAGUGGUGCUGGAAAGACAGAAAGUGCUCAUCUGAUCGUCCAACAUUUGACCUUCUUGGGAAAGGCAAAUAACCGUGCUUUGCGUGAGAAAAUUCUUCAGGUGAAUCCUCUGGUUGAAGCAUUUGGAAAUGCCUGCACUGCCAUCAAUGACAACUCAAGUCGCUUUGGAAAAUACCUGGAAAUGAUGUUUACACCUACAGGAGCUGUAAUGGGGGCAAAGAUUUCUGAAUAUCUACUUGAAAAAUCAAGGGUCGUAAAACAGGCUGUGGGAGAAAAAAAUUUCCAUAUAUUUUAUUAUAUUUAUGCUGGCCUUUAUCAUCAGAAGAAACUUUCUGAAUAUAGACUUCCUGAUAAAAAGCCUCCUAGAUAUAUUGAUAAUGAAACUGGAAGAGUAAUGCAUGAUAUUGUUACUAAAGAUUCCUAUGGAAGACAAUUUGAAGCAAUUCAGCAUUGUUUUAGAAUUAUAGGAUUUACUGAUGAGGAAGUGUACUCAGUGUACAGAAUACUGACUGGAAUCUUAAAUACUGGAAAUAUUGAGUUUGCUGCUAUUUCUUCGCAACACCAAACAGAUAAAAGUGAGGUUCCUAACCCAGAAGCCUUAGAUAACGCUGCUGCACUACUAAGCAUUGGGUCAGAAGAACUCCAAGAGGCCCUAACCUCCCACUGCGUUGUAACACGGGGGGAGACUAUUAUCCGAACGAACACGGUGGACAAAGCAGCGGAUGUGCGAGAUGCCAUGUCCAAAGCGCUUUAUAGCCGGCUCUUCAGCUGGAUUGUAAAUCGUAUUAAUACGCUGCUUCAACCAGAUAAAAAUAUAUGCAGUGCUGAAAAUGGGAUGAAUGUUGGGAUACUAGACAUAUUUGGAUUUGAGAACUUCACAAGAAAUUCUUUUGAACAGCUGUGCAUAAAUAUUGCUAAUGAACAGAUCCAGUUUUAUUUCAAUCAACAUAUCUUUGCACUGGAGCAGAUGGAGUAUCAGAGUGAGGGAAUUGAUGCCACUGCAGUGGAGUAUGAGGACAACCGUCCACUUCUAGAUAUGUUCCUUCAGAAACCCAUGGGUCUCCUGUCUCUGCUGGAUGAAGAAAGUCGAUUUCCUCAGGCAACAGACCUAACUUUAGUUGAUAAAUUUGAAGAUAACUUAAGAUGCAAAUACUUUUGGAGACCAAAAGGAGUGGAACUGUCAUUUGGUAUUCAGCACUAUGCUGGAAAGGUGUUAUAUGAUGCCUCUGCCUUCCUUGAGAAGAAUAGAGACACUCUUCCUGCUGACGUAGUGGUGGUGUUGCGAACUUCAGAGAACAAACUUCUUCAGCAGCUGUUCUCCAGCCCAUUAACAAAAACAGGGAAUUUGGCACAAGCAAGAGCCAGAGUGACAGCAGCAUCUCGGUCUUUGCCUCCGCAGCUCAGUGCUGGGCGUAUCAAGUCUCCUAAAUACCUCCUGAAGGUUGACACAAUGGAGGUUAUGCGGCAUCCUGAGGAAACAACUAAUAUGAAGCGGCAAACUAUGGCUUCCUAUUUUAGGUAUUCCCUCAUGGAUCUUUUAUCCAAAAUGGUUGUUGGACAGCCUCACUUUAUCCGCUGCAUUAAACCUAACGAUGAUCGAGAAGCACUGAUGUUUUCUCAUGAGAGAGUUCUGCUGCAGCUACGAUACACUGGAAUUCUGGAAACUGUCAAAAUACGUCAAAAAGGGUAUUCUCAUCGGAUCCUCUUUGAAGAGUUUGUAAAAAGGUAUUACUACCUUGCGUUCAAGGCACAUGAGACUCCCCUUGGUAGCAGAGAAAACUGUCUUGCCAUUUUGGAGAAAUCUAAACUAGACAACUGGAUUCUUGGAAAAACCAAGGUUUUCCUAAAGUAUUACCAUAUAGAGCAGUUAAAUUUGUUCCUGCGAGAAGUUAUAGGGAGAGUUGUGGUCAUGCAAGCCUAUAUCAAGGGAUGGCUCGGAGCAAGGAGGUACAAGAAAGUCAAAGAUAAAAGAGAAAAUAGUGCUAUUACUAUACAGUCAGCCUGGAGAGGAUAUGAAGCUCGCAGGAAGUACAAGGAAAUAAGGAACAGAAGAACUGAUGCUGCUAUACACAUUCAGGCAGCCUUUAGGGGAUAUAUUGUUCGUAAAAACUACACAAGAUUGAAAUACAGCACUGAGUGUGUAGCAGAUCCUCAGCUUACAAGCAGCUGCUCUACUUCAGAUUUUGGCUGUGAAGAAGACUGGCAGCAAACCAGUAACCAGUCUUCUCCCAUGGUGCCUGAUUUUCUCGACAAACAAACUGAAAAGAAUAAUUUGGAUGAGAUUUCUGCUUCUCCAUUUAUUCUAAAACAUUCGUUUGAAACGAAUGAUUCAAAAUUAAUUAACCAAUCCCAGACAGUUGCAGACCAUCGGUUGUCAAGUCUCUUGUCAUCCCAUGAAAAAGGAGGUUCAGAAAACUGUCUUGAACAGAAGCUGAGAACACCUCGUCGACGAUGUCAGCAGCCCAAAAUGCUGAAUAGCCCUGAGGAUAACAUGUACUAUAACCAGUUAAAUGGAACUCUAGAAUAUCAAGGGAGCAAGAGGAAGCCAAGAAAACUUGGCCAAAUCAAAGUACUGGAUGGAGAGGAUGAGUAUUACGAAUCGUUGUCAGCUGUUGAAUCUACCCCUGAAGAUGACAGUUUUCUCAGUUCUCCAUCUCCUCCUUCAAGAGAUGUGUCUUUUGCUCAAAGCUGAACCUCAUUCAUUCUAUUGACUAAUACUGACAGGAGGAAGAGUCACAAAAGACCAGCCAAGGAUGGAGCAGAAGAUGAAUACAUUAAGAUAUUUAAAACUUUGACAACAGGUUUGUGAAGCAUAAAACUUUGUGAGGCAUAAAACUUGUUCGAUUUCUCAUAAAGGGCAGGUCAGCUUUCAGAAGUUUGGGAAAUCCUCUAUUAAUCUUUGUCAAAUCCACACCUACACUGGGAAAUUUUGAGGCAAGCCUUUAAAUCCUAAAUAUGCCUUAACAUGUGUCAAUCUUGUCUAGGAUUUUGUGUUUUUCCCUAAAGCACAGGAAAAAAAGCAGGAGAUAUCAUAGCAGUUUUUAAUGUUUUUUAUUUUCAUCUAUUGAUGUUGAAAUUACACUGUGUGAACUGAUGAUUCCUGUUAUU